CAGUGCCUAACAAAGAAUUGAUGUCACUGUAAAGAUAGUGUGACUGACCUCUUAGACAUCUCAUCCUAACUGUCAUUUUACAUCAAAUGGUCUGUAUAUUUGACAAAUAUCCCAUCUUUGUUGCUAAUAUCAGGUUUGCAAUAUCUCAGGUGCAAUAUUUCUGUUAAGAUAAAUUUCUCACCUUUUUACUUGGAUGUUGAAGUAUUUUUAAUACAAGCUUCUUGUAGAACACUUGCUUUUCCAUAUCACCUGACUGUGAUUUUAAUGCUGGUGCAAACCACACAUUUCCUAGCUGUUAGUUGUAUGCAGUCUGGCAUCUCUGGUUCUGUAAUCUUGUAAUUGCUCUACCUUUUGUAGUCUGUUUUUUGUCCUUUGCUAUGUAACUCCAACCUCACUGUGCUCUGUCUGUGCUGUAGCUCUUUGUGACCCAAAAAGGGAAUAUUGCACCUUGGCAGAUGUUUUUUGUUCCUUCUUUGUGAAGCUAAUGCUCUUCGCUUUCUGAAAACCUAAGAAAGAGACUUCAGUUGCACAUAUUGAAAAUAGUUUGGGAAUUGGAAGUUUUAGCACAACUAACAUUUACCAUCUGCAGAUUCCUUUGGUCAGUAUGUUAAAGCUACUCAAAACUGCAGACUCGUUUGGUCUCUCGCUGCCUGAACCGCAUAAAUUUUUUGUUAUUUUUGAUAUGAACUGCCAUAAAUGUGAUUUGUUCAUUCAAUCAAAUAACAUGGUUGUGUUUUUUGUUUUGUUUUUUUUUGUUAUUUAACAAGUGUAUCACUUCACUAAACAUUAUUAAUGCUAGCUAUACUAUUCCCCUUUGAUGUCUCAUAUGUUGUGUACUGUGGUGUUGGUUAAUGGGUGCAAGUUUCUAAGCCGCGGCCUGCUCCGUCUCCUUCCUGCUUGUGUCUUUAGGCCAGAGCCAAUGGGCUGCGCUCCUGUGUGAUCGUCAUCCGGAUCCUGAGGGACCUUUGCGCACGUGUCCCCACCUGGGCCCCACUUAGGGGAUGGCCUUUGGAGCUUUUGUGCGAGAAGGCCAUUGGUACAGGAAACCGACCAAUGGGAGCAGGCGAGGCUCUUCGAAGAGUUCUUGAGUGUUUAGCUUCAGGAAUCCUGAUGGCAGAUGGUUCAGGCAUUUCUGACCCCUGUGAGAAGGAGGCAACUGAUGCUAUUGGUCACAUGGAUGAACAGCAACGAGAGGACAUUACCCAGAGUGCUCAGCAUGCCUUGAGGCUUUCAGCAUUUGGGCAGCUUCACAAAGUGCUUGGCAUGGACCCUCUGCCUUCUAAAAUGCCCAGGAAACCAAAGAGUGAAACUCCCAUUGAUUACACAGUUCAGAUUCCACCAAGUACGACCUAUGCUCCACCCAUGAAACGGCCCAUAGAGGAGGAGGAGGGCGGUGAUGACAAGAGUCCUAACAAAAAGAAGAAGAAACUGCAAAAGAAAUCUCCAGAGGAGAAGUCAGAGCCUCCUCAGGCUAUGAAUGCUCUGAUGCGACUGAACCAACUUAAGCCUGGACUCCAGUAUAAGCUCAUUUCUCAGACUGGCCCAGUUCAUGUGCCAGUUUUCACCAUGGCUGUGGAGGUUGAUGGGAAAACUUAUGAAGCCUCUGGCCCCUCUAAACGUACUGCCAAGCUACAUGUAGCAGUUAAGGUCUUGCAGGACAUGGGUCUCCCCACAGGGGUGGAGCAAAAGGUUGCCGAACCAGUAAAGGCCGAUGAUAUGGCAGCCACUGCAGAGGAGGACAUGAAGCAGGCGGACACGCUGACUGAAACGGAUGCCCCGUCUGCUGUGACUGCAAACUCUGAGCCUGCCGAGAGUGCUGAGAGUGCUCGGCAGCAGGGCCCUAUUCUGACCAAACAUGGCAAGAACCCGGUGAUGGAGCUGAAUGAAAAACGUAGAGGCCUCAAAUAUGAACUUAUCUCUGAGACGGGUGGCAGCCAUGACAAACGCUUUGUCAUGGAGGUGGAGAUAGAUGGACAGAAGUUCCAGGGAACAGGCUCCAAUAAGAAGGUGGCGAAGGCAUAUGCAGCUCUGGCUGCUUUAGAGAAGCUGUUCCCAGAAGGCUCGGUCUCUGAGGCUGCCAAGAAAAAGAAAUCCAUGAACGCUCCAGGGUUUGGAAUGAUGAGUGGACCAGUUGAUGACCCAGCAGCCAAUCCCAGAGGUCGGGGAAGAGGGCGGGGUCGAGGCAGGGGCAGAGGUUUUAAUAAUAGUGGAGGAUAUAAUCAAGGUGGUUAUGGAAGUUAUGGAUAUGGGAACAAUGCUAAUUCUGGCUACAAUUACUACAAUAAUGGAGGAGCCAAUGGAGGAUCAGCAGCUCCAGCUCCUGGAACUGCAGGCCCAGUGUCUAACACUCCAAGUGGUGGAGCUCCAGGAACAGGUGGUUUUACCUCAUAUUACCAGAGUGGUGGAGGCUACUCAGCCCCACCUUCAGUGACCAAAUCCCCUGGUAAGAAGCCUCCAAUGCACCAGGGCACCAAGCCUCCAGGAACAGGUGCAGCUCCAGGGUCCUAUCAGGCCACCCCACCACCAGGGCAAGGCUCCUACAACCAGUACAGCCAGGGCUACGGGCAGGGGAAGAAGAACUUCAGUCAAGCUCAAGGUGGCGCUGGAGGUGGGGGUUAUGGCAACUACAGCACGGCGUACCCGUCCCAGGUGACUGGCGGAACGGGGGGUCAGGACUAUAGCUAUGAAGGUUACAACAACCAGUCAAAUUACAGCGCACAAGGAACCAACCAGAGUUACAAUGCCAACUCAGCUCCAUACCACAACACUGGAGUGGGCUACGGCCGCGGGGACCCCAGCAUGAACUACCAGUACAGAUAGACUGAACCCCACUCAAAUGUGCACCUGUCAUCCCCCUUUUUAGCUUGUACGUCUUUUCUGAAGUAGCAGCGGCAACUGUCCUCACCAUCAGCUUCAGUUUAUUUUGCCCAGGGGCACAAACCGAAAACUGGACUUGGGGAGGGAGGGACCUUAAAGAACCUUAAGUGUUCUAAACUUCUGUGCUGAAUGAUCUGUUCUGUGGUCUGUUAAAUGUGUGCUUGUGUUUUUCUUACACUUCCCCACAACUACUGCCCAAAGGGGAGAGAACCACCCCAACUCACAUGCAUGUUGAAGACCUGAUGUUCAUAAAUUUCAUGACGUUAACACAAAUUUCCUUUUUAUUUUUUCAGCUUGUUUGUCACUAAGUGAUUUUUAGUUUUUAGAUCUUUUGGUCCCCCAAAAUAAUUUCUUUGCCUGUCAUUGUAGUGUUUUUUUGGUGGAUAUACUGCAGUGCUUUUAUUUCUACCAGUUCUUUAGACAUAAUUGUGAAAGGUGUGAAGCUUCAGUUCAGGUCUUAGUAGCAUUUGAUGUGCUUUGGGAUGGGGAACUUUUUAUUUUUCAGGACAUUGUUUAAGAAUGUACGUUGUUUGUAUGAAUAAAGACAAGACUUUUAUUUUGGAGGAAAUCCAUGCUCACAAAUUA